AUGAUGGAAGCCGUCUCGGGCCGUCUUCACCAAGAAAAUGUACCGUCCCCAACGAGACCACGCAUUAGUGCAUUAGGCCCCACCAUCGCCUUCCUCUCGGCCUGUCUUCAGCAUGACGGAUGCAGUGGCACCUUCAUCCAAUUUUACGUCGGUGACGACGAAAAAGCAAACUACAUCAUCUGGAGAAGUGAUCACCACUGUGACGACUACGACUGUGAGUACAAGAACGUCGAGUGCCAGCAACAGCACGACGUCGAGUAA